AUGUCUGGUUUGUAUAAUCAGAUUUCCUCACCAGGAACUGCAAGGGCUAAUUCACCAAAUAUAAACAUGAGAAGCAAUUUUGAUGUUGAUAGUCAAUACUUAACUGAGUUGGUAGCAGAAUACCAGAAGCUUGGACCUUUCAUGCAAGUCUUACCAUUAUGUACAAGACUCUUAAACCAAGAGAUUUUAAAGGUGUCGGGAAAGAAUGGAUUGAUGCAGAGCCAAGGGUUUAGUGACUAUGACAGAGUGCCGUUUGGAAAUGUCAAGCCUAAUCAUAUGCAUUCUUUGGAUACAGCACAAAAUUUCACCGGCUGGAACAGCUUGUCACAUGAAGGGUUAGCUGGAGUACAAGGACUAAAUGUGGAUUGGCAAAGAGCACCAGCAGUCUCAAAUUCUCACAUUAUGAAGAAAAUCUUGCGCUUGGAUAUUCCUUAUGAUAAUCAUCCAAAUUUCAACUUUGUUGGGAGGCUUCUUGGUCCAAGGGGUAAUUCACUCAAGCGAGUCGAGGCUACUACAGGUUGUCGCGUGUAUAUCAGAGGGAAAGGUUCAAUUAAAGACUUUGAUAAGGAAGAGUUGUUGAGGGGAAGACCAGGAUUUGAGCACUUGAAUGAACCAUUGCACAUUUUGAUUGAGGCUGAACUACCAGUCAAUGUUGUUGAUAUAAGGUUGCGACAAGCACAGGAAAUCAUCGAAGAACUACUCAAACCUGUGGAUGAGUCACAGGACAUAUACAAGAGGCAACAGCUUAGAGAACUUGCAAUUCUGAAUUCAAGUUUUAGAGAAGAGAGUCCUCAACUGAGUGGUAGUGUCUCUCCAUUCACCUCUAAUGAAAUGAUUAAAAGAGCCAAAACUGAUCUAUAG